AUGCGCUCCGUGACAGCACUCACCCUCGCCCUGUCGGCUCUCUCAGCCCAGACAGUAUCCGCACUCGUCGCUGGCCCUGUCACCGAUGCUGGAUGCUUCAACGACUCUACCGGCCUCGACGACAACGGAGUCUACAACUACCAGUCCAAGGGCCACUGUCAGGAGACAUGUAUCAACGCCGGUGCUACCGUCAUGGCUAUGACCAACGCCAACGAGUGUUGGUGUGGUACCUCUCUGCCACCAAAGAGUGCUCUGCAGAGCGACAACUCCAAGUGUAACAAAGCUUGCGUCGGUUAUCCCACUGAUGUUUGCGGUGGCAACGGCUACUGGAGCGUUUAUUUCACAACCACCGACACCGACAUUGAUUACUCUGGCGGCGGCGGCUCGUCUGCAAAGUCUUCUGCAGCUUCUUCAUCCUCUCCUGCAUCAUCCCCGUCGACAACAAGCGCCACAUCCGCAUCCUCUGCACCAGGCAGGGCCACCGUCAUCACCAGUAUUGCUCCUGGCACGACCGUCAUCAUUACUCAGACUCCCAUUCCUCAAGUAACCAGCACCUCGGAACCCAAAGAGUCGAAGAAGGGAGGCUCCAACACUGCUGGAAUUGCUGCUGGUGUUGUUGUCGGCAUAGUCGUUAUUGCCGCACUCAUCGGUGCCGCAUUCUUCUUCUGGCGCCGCAAGCAACGUCGUGAGGCAGAAACUGGUCACCAGCAGCUCAACGACUACUCAAACACCUCUCAAAAACCCAUGGCCUUCAGACCCACCUCAGGCCCUGAUUCCCGCAUCGACCCUGAUGCUAUGGCUUCAAGAAGAAUGAGCGACGGUAGCAUUGCCGAUAAUGAGGAUUACUCGAGGAGGAUAUUGAAGGUGCGUUGA